AGCACCCCGAGGGCGCGUCUCCCACUCCACCGCCAUCUGGAGACGCGGCUCCCUCCCGUCACACAAGCCCCGCGCGGACCACACUGAGUUUCUCUACCUCCCGCAGCCACUCCGCAUUCUCUCCAGCAUCCCCUGGCCCUGCUGCCAUGCCCAGCUCCACCAGGCGCUUCACAGGCCACGCCACCCCGCCUCCUGCCACCAGUACCUCCUCGGCAUCCACAGCGUCCCCAGGCCCAGCUCUGAAGACGGAAACACCUGGAAUGACGACAGCCUCCCUGAAGACAGACCGUGGGAGAAGCACAGCCGCAUCACUGCCCCCAGCGGCCUCCCGAACCAUCACCUCCGCCAUUCCCAACACAUCCACAGCUGCCCCCGACCCCAUCCCGUCUGAGAAAGGAGUUUCCCUCCUCCCCUACGGGUUGGGCGCUGGGGACCUGGAGCUCGUCAGGAGGACUGUGGACUUCACCUCCCCACUCUUCAAGCCCCUGACUGGCUUUCCCCUCGGCUCCUCUCUCCGGGAUUCCCUCUACUUCACAGACAACGGCCAGAUCAUCUUCCCAGAGUCAGACUACCAGAUUUUCUCGUACCCAAACCCGCUCCCAACAGGCUUCACAGGCUGGGACCCUGUGGCCCUGGUGGCUCCGUUCUGGGAUGACGCUGAUUUCUCCAGUGGUCGGGGGACCAUAUUUUACCGGGAAUACGAGACGCUCUACGGUGAAGCCAGCCCGCUAGUCCUGCAGGCCGAGUCUUGGAUUAGAAAGAUCACAAACAACGGGGACUACAAGGCCAGGUGGACCCUAAAGGUCACGUGGGUCGGUGCCCAUGCCUAUCCUGCGCAGUGGAGCCUCGGGACCAACACCUACCAGGCUGUGCUCUCCACGGACGGGAGCAGGUCCUAUGCCCUGUUUCUCUACCAGAGUGGUGGCAUGCAGUGGGACGCGGCCCGGCACGCAGGCAGCCCGGUGCUCAUGGGCUUCUCCAGCGGAGAUGGCCAUUUCGAAAACAGCCCACUGAUGUUCCAGCCAGUGUGGGAGAAGUAUCGCCCUGACAGGCUCCUGAAUUCCGACUUAGGCCUCCGAGGGCUGCAGUUCUACAGGCUGCACAGGGAAGAGAGGCCCAACUACCGCCUCGUGUGCCUGCAGUGGUUGAGCAGCCAGCCUCAGCGGCCCAGCUGGGGCUGGAACCAGGUCUCCUGCCCUUGUUCCUGGCAGCAGGGACGAUGGGACUUACGAUUCCGACCCGUCAGCAUAGGUCGGGGGGCCCCCGGCAGCAGGCAGCUCUGCGGCUUCACCUCCUGGCGAGGAGGCGUGUGCUGCAGCUAUGGGCCCUGGGGAGAGCUUCGUGAAGGCUGGCACGUGCAGAGUCCUCGGCAGUUCGGUGCCCAGGAACUGGAGCCGCAGAGCUGGUGCUGCCGCUGGAAUGACAAGCCCUACCUCUGUGCCCUGUACCAGCAGAGGCGGCCCCGAGUAGGCUGCGCUGCGUACAGGCCCCUGCGGCCCGCCUGGAUGUUCGGGGACCCCCACAUCACCACCUUGGACGGUGUGAAUUACACCUUCAAUGGGCUGGGGGACUUCCUGCUGGUCCAGGCCCAGGACGGGAACUCCUCCUUCCAGCUGCAGGGCCGCACCACCCAGACCGGCUCAGCCCAGGCCACCAACUUCAUUGCCUUUGCCGCUCAGUACCGCUCCAGCAGCCUGGGGCCCGUCACGGUUCAGUGGCUCCUUGAGCCUCAUGACAGAAUCCGUGUUCUGCUUGAUAACCAGAAUGUGACAUUUGAGCCUGACCACCAAGACGAUGGAGGCCUGGAGACGUUCAGCGCCCCCGGAGUCCUGCUGAGCCGCAGCGGCCCCGAGGUCUCGGCCAGCUUCGACGGCUCUGCCGCGGUCUCGGUGACCGCGCUCUCCAGCGCCCUCCACGCCUCCGCCAGCCUCCCGCGGGAGUACCGGGACCGCACCGAGGGCCUCCUGGGGAUCUGGAAUAACAACCCGGAGGACGACUUCAGGAUGCCCAACGGCUCCGCCAUUCCCCUAAGCAGCUCUGAGGCCACGCUUUUCCGCUAUGGAAUGACCUGGGAGAUCAACGGGACAGGCCUCCUCGGGGACAGGAAUGACCCGCUGCCCCCCGGCUUCAGCCCUGUUUUCUACGACCAGCUGCAAACCAGCAGCUCCCUGGAUGGAGAUUUGAUCUCCAACUGCAACGGAGACAGAGCCUGCAUCUACGACGCCCUCGCCACGCGCAGCGCGGGCGCUGGACUUCACACGCUGGCGCUCCGUAAAACCUACGAGCGGGUGAACGCCACCGUCAAUCAGUACCCGCCCUCCAUCGAGGGUAGCCCUGUGGUUGAAGCCUACAAGGGGCAGACCGUGCUGAUUCAGUACACCAGCAAUGCUGAGGAUGUCACCUUCAUGCUCAGAGACAAUUGUACCGACUUUAAGCUCUUCGAGAAUGGGACAUUGCUGUGGACACCCAAGUCGCUGGAGCCAUUCUCUCUGGAGAUUCUAGCAAGAAGUGCCAAGACGGGCUUGUCCUCCGCACUCCAGCCCAGGACCACGGUCUGCCACUGCAGUGCAAAGAGCCAGUGUUUGUACAACCAGACCAGCAGGGUGGGCAGCUCCUCCCUGGAGGUGGCUGGCUGCAAGUGUGACAGGGGCACCUUCGGCCGCUACUGCGAGCGCUCUGCGGACGCCUGUGAGGAGCCGUGCUUUCCAAAUGUCAGCUGCGUUCCUGGGAAGGGCUGUGAGGCCUGCCCUCCAGGCCUGACUGGGGAUGGGCGGCACUGUGCCGCUCUGGGCAGCUCUCCCCUCUGUCGGAAUCAGUCCUGCCCUGUGAAUUACUGCUACAAUCAAGGCCACUGCUACAUCUCCGAGGCUCUGGGCUGCCAGCCCUCGUGCACCUGCCCCCCAGCCUUCACCGACAGCCACUGCCUCCUGGCUGGAAACAACUUCACUCCGACUGUCAGCCUGGAACCUCCCCUAAGAGUCAUCCAGCUCUUGCUCAGCGAAGAGGAAAAUGCCUCCAUGGCAGACGUCAACGCCUCGGUGGCAUACAGACUGCGGACCCUGCACGUGCGGGCCUUUCUCUACAACAGCGAAGUGAACCGAAUCGAUUCCCCAGCACCGGCCUCAGAAAGCCCCGUUCAAUACUGGACGGUCACGUCGCAGUUCCAGUACCGCCCUGGGGGCCCUGUCAUCCACUUCCUGAACAACCAGCUGCUGGCCGCCGUGGUGGAGGCGUUCUUAUACCAGCAGGUUCCACGGAGGCGUGAGGAGCCCAGGAGCGACGUGGUCUUCCAGCCCCUCUCCAGGGAAGACGUGCGUGAUGUGACGGCCGGUGAGUCAGUCCAUCCGGGGACGGUGUGGGACAACUGCGGUGGGCGGGUGAACCCAGGGUGCUUCAGCCCACACACACACGUUAAUUUAGUUUUUCUUUGUUUGGUUUUGAGAGAAAACAUAAACAUUUUAUCCAGCUGCUUUUUGGAUUCAGGAGCAGGAGCACCCAGUGCUGCCAAGGCAGCCACAUGCGUCCGGCUUCACGGAGCGAGCGCUCCAGCCCCAGCCUUGCUGACCGCGGCUGCCCACGGAACGGCAGCAGUUCAUUUUCAUAAAAUUGCUCCUGUUUUCUUAAAGUGCCAUUGCACUUAAACAUACACAAGGGCAUCGCCAUCGUCUCUGCCCCCCAGCUGGAGGACGUGAAGCUGGAGACUGGCCAGGGAAGGAUGUGCUUGCACCCUCCCCAGGCCAGGCCUCAGUACCCCACCUGAAAAUGAGGUGGGGUUUCUGAGCCGCCUUUCAGCGCUGACGGCCCAGCCCCUGUUCUCCCGGAACAGGAAGAAGUUGGCAAGCUUGUCAGAGAAGGAAAAGAAUAACGCACCCUAUUUUCUGGAUGGGGCAGAGAAUAGAGGAGUGGCCAUCCCAAACAUAACAGAAACUGCCGUUUGACUCGGGUCUAGGAGCAAGCAAGAGCUUCUUCUAGAAUCCAGGUUAAGCCCCCUCUCUCCUGGAGGAAUAAGGAGAAAUCCCUCAGAACUACUCUGUGUUGGCGAGUUGGGGUCGGAGGAGCAGGAAGGCGAGCUCUGAUUGUGCUACUAAGGAGAGCCUUGGCCGGGCACGGCGGCUCACACCUGUAAUCCCAGCACUUUGG